GAAAGCGUUAGCAGCGGAGGCGGGGACGCCGGGGGCGGUUUUCCCUCCCGCCGCUAACGGAACCGCCUAGAGCCGGGCGACAAGGAGAGCGCGCCCUGGCCUGGGAGGCGGGGUUUAAGAACGCGCCGCGCACCCAGCGGCCAGGGUUAGCGACUAGGCGGCGGUGGGUGGAGCCGGCGGGAAGGGGCGGUGCUAACGGCUUGGCGCGCUGGAGCGGGAGCCAGUGCCUUGCGCUCCCGAUGGCCAGACCCAGCCUGGUCCCGGUGCUUUCGGAGGUUCGCGGAGUGUCCCCGAGGUUCUCUUCCUAGGUCACUUUGCUAGCGGGAGCCCCUGUUGCCCUUGGACCUAUGAAGGAGACUCUUAACCCUUCCCUUCCUCGCGAUGUGGGCAGUGAUCCUGUACGCUUAAAACUCGAGUCUUUCAAAUGGGUUUUCACACACGACUGUGGGCUCCAUCUAGAAUCUGGAUGAUUCUUAAUCUUCUUGAUGCUGAAACGCUUUUAAUAGAGUUCCUCAUGUAUGAUGACCCCACCAACCAUAAAAUUAUCUUUGUUGUUACUUCAUGGCUGUAAUUUUGCUAGUGUCAUGAAUCGGAAUGCAAAUAUGUUUUCCCAUGAUCUUAUUCAACCUGUGGUUUGACCUCUUAAGGGUUGCAACCCACAAGUUGAGAAACACUGGUCUAGAUAGCACUUUUGACUGAAAUUCCAAGCUGAUCUCAUUAUUCUAUAAGAAAUGCUGAUUGAGACAGGAGAGGCUUGGACGCCAGUCUGAAGAGAACAAUCCUAGGGUUUGCAGAAAAGAGCUUGAUCCACGAGUUCGGAAGUCCUGAUUCCUGCCUGUCAGCUCUUCUACUUCAGUCCUGAGCACAGUCAACAUGCCUAGGGGUCAAAAGAGUAAGAGCCGCUCCCGUGCUAAACGACAGCAGUCACGCAGGGAGGUUCAAGUAGUUCAGCCCACUGCAGAGGAAGCAGGGUCUUCUCCUGUUGACCUGAGUGCUGGGUCCAGCUUCCCUGGUGGUUCUGCUCCUCAGGGUGUGAAAAACCCUGGAUCUUUUGGUGCAGGUGUAUCCUGCACAGGCUCUGGUAUAGGUGGUAGAAAUGCUACUGUCCUGCCUGAUACAAAAAGUUCAGAUGGCACCCAGGCAGGGACUUCCAUUCAGCACACACUGAAAGAUCCUAUCAUGAGGAAGGCUAGUGUGCUGAUAGAAUUCCUGCUAGAUAAAUUUAAGAUGAAAGAAGCAGUUACAAGAAGUGAAAUGCUGGCAGUAGUUAACAAGAAGUAUAAGGAGCAAUUCCCUGAGAUCCUCAGGAGAACUUCUGCACGCCUAGAAUUGGUCUUUGGUCUUGAGUUGAAGGAAAUUGAUCCCAGCACUCAUUCCUAUUUGCUGGUGGGCAAACUGGGUCUUUCCACUGAGGGAAGUUUGAGUAGUAACUGGGGGUUGCCUAGGACAGGUCUCCUAAUGUCUGUCCUAGGUGUGAUCUUCAUGAAGGGUAACCGUGCCACUGAGCAAGAGGUCUGGCAAUUUCUGCAUGGAGUGGGGGUAUAUGCUGGGAAGAAGCACUUGAUCUUUGGCGAGCCUGAGGAGUUUAUAAGAGAUGUAGUGCAGGAAAAUUACCUGGAGUACCGCCAGGUACCUGGCAGUGAUCCCCCAAGCUAUGAGUUCCUGUGGGGACCCAGAGCCCAUGCUGAAACAACCAAGAUGAAAGUCCUGAAAGUUUUAGCUAAAGUCAAUGGCACAGUCCCUAGUGCCUUCCCUAAUCUCUACCAGUUGGCUCUUAGAGAUCAGGCAGGAGGGGUGCCAAGAAGUAGAGUUCAAGGCAAGGGUGUUCAUUCCAAGGCCCCAUCCCAAAAGUCCUCUAAUGUGUAGUUGAGUCUGUUCUGUUGUGUUUGAAAAACAGUCAGGGUCCUAAUCAGUAGAGAGUUCAUAGCCUACCAGAACCAGCAUGCAUCCAUUCUUGGCCUGUUAUACAUUAGUAGAAUGGAGGCUAUUUUUGUUACUUUUCUAAUGUUUGUUUAACUAAACAGUGCUUUGUGCCAUGCUUUUUGUUAACUGCAUACAGAAGUAACUGUCACUUGUCAGGUUAGGACUUGUUUUGUUAUUUGCAACAAACUGGAAAACAUUAGUUUUUACUAAAACAUUGUGUAACAUUGCAUUGGAGAAGGGAUUGUCAUGGCAAUGUGAUAUCAUACAGUGGUGAAACAACAGUGAAGUGGGAAAGUUUAUAUUGUUAGUUUUGAAAAUUUUAUGAGUGUGAUUGCUGUAUACUUUUUUCUUUUUUGUAUAAUGCUAAGUGAAAUAAAGUUGGAUUUGAUGACUUUACUC